UAGGAUGCUAUUAGGCUAUAAAGCCAUGAAAAUAUUUGAUUAAAUUUGCAAUUAGAAAAUAUAUGUCACCAACACAGGUAUUCUCUCAUCAACAACUCAAAAUGGACGAUUUUACCUUUGCAGUUGUUUGCAUGUCCCUUGUAUCCUUUACCACCAUUACGUACUUUCUCCGGUGCCGGAAACCCUCAACUUCGGCCACCCAUCUCCCACCAUCACCGCCCGGACUCCCUGUCAUCGGCCACCUCCACUACCUUACCGAUCUGCCCCACCAAGCCUUUGCCCGUCUUGCCAACCAACUCGGUCCCAUUUUCUACCUUCGACUUGGUCAAGUCCCAACAAUCGUUGUAUCGUCAGCCCAACUCGCUGAACUAGUCCUAAAAACCCAUGAUCACGUUUUCGCAAACCGCCCGCAACUCAUUUCCGCUCAAUACCUAUCAUUUGGUUGCUCGGACGUCACGUUUUCGAAAUACGGCCCGUAUUGGCGCCAAGCCCGGAAAAUUUGUGUCACCGAGUUACUGAGUCCAAAACGAGUCAACUCGUUCCAACUCGUUAGAAACGAGGAAGUGACUCGGUUGGUUCAAGCUGUGUCAACUCGUUCAGGGGUUGAAACUGAUUUGAGCGAGUUAAUUUUCCGGUUGGCUAACGACAUGCUUUGUCGAGUUGCGUUUGGAAAACGAUUUGUUCCCGGGGAGAAAAAGAAAAAUUUGGUGAGUGUUCUGAGUGAAACUCAAGCGUUGUUUGCUGGGUUUGGUUUAGGCGAGUUUUAUCCCGAGUUGGAGUGGGUUAACACGGUGAGUGGGAUGAAGAGGAGGUUGAUGAAGAAUUUAAAAGAUUUGACGGAGGUUUGUGAUGAUAUAAUACAUGAGCACUUGAAGAACAAAGUUGAACCAGGAAAAGAAGACUUUGUUGAUGUUUUGCUUCGUGUUCAACAGCAGCAUGAUUUGGAGGUUCCCAUUACUGAUGCUAAUCUUAAAGCUCUUGUUCUGGACAUGUUUGUAGCAGGAACAGACACAACAUCAGCAACUCUGGAAUGGGCAAUGACAGAACUAGUACUACAUCCAAAAGUAAUGAAGAAAGCCCAAGAUGAAAUAAGAGGAAUUGUAGGAAGCAAAGGGGAGGUUGAAGAACGCCAUCUUCACCAAUUUCAUUACUUAACAUGUGUAAUCAAGGAAACUAUGCGGUUACACCCUGCAGCCCCGCUUCUGGUUCCUCGAGAGUCGAUGCAAAGAUGCACCCUGAAUGGGUACGACGUGCCCGAAAAAACCCGAGUUUUGGUCAAUGCAUAUGCAAUAGGACGUGACCCAAACUUGUGGGAGAAUCCUUUGGUGUAUGACCCUGAGAGGUUUGUGGGGAAGGAUAUUGACUUUAAAGGUCAUGACUUUCGGUUUUUACCAUUUGGAAGUGGAAGGCGAGGGUGUCCCGGUAGUGCAUUUGGAUUGGCUACGGUCCAGCUAGCUUUGGCUCAGUUAUUGCACCAUUUCAAUUGGGAACACUCCGGGCCCAGUACUGAUGUUGAUUUGGAAGAGAUUUUCGGGUUGGCUAUUAGGAAAAAAACAGCUUUAAUACUGGUGCCAACCAACAACAAGAAUCCAGGGGAUCAACAAUGAUGAUGUACAACGUAACCUGUUUUACUUUCGCUUCACAGUUAAUGAAAAGCAAUAUUAAAUGAUGCUUAA